AUGUCACUUAUAUGGAUUUUAGAUACUGGCUUAUAUGAGCAAAAGGAGAUAAGGGCAUUGGUAGAAUUAUCUGCCAACGUUAGAGACAAUGUAUAUCAUCGAUUGCAACGAACUUUCCUCGGAGAAGUCAAUUCAAAGACACAAAAUGUUGUUGAAGUUUUAGUUCGAUGUCACAUAGAAUUGUCCAAUUUGAAUAAUCGGCUUGUUCGUGAAGCAAGUUUGCUUCCUCGGGACAUAUACACCAAUCCUGAGAUCUCCAAUGAAGCUCGCGGUGCAGUGGUUGAUUUGAAGUUUGGAUUUGGACCUAUGCCUCGAGAUUUGGCCAACAAGAAGAUCUUUUUCUUUGAUAUCGAUAACUGCUUGUAUAAACGGUCAACCAAGAUUCAUGACUUGAUGCAGGUGAAGAUUCAUGAAUACUUCAAGACUCAUUUGGCUCUAACAGAUGAAGAAGCUCAUCAACUACAUAUGAAUUACUACAAAACAUACGGUUUGGCCUUAGAAGGUCUCGUAAGAAAUCAUCAUGUUGAUGCUUUGGAAUAUAACGCCAAAGUUGAUGAUCUGUUAGCUCUACAAUCUGUGUUAUCAUAUAAUCAAGACUUACGUUCAACGCUCCUUGAGAUCAAGAAGAAUUUCGAUUACUUCUGGUUGGUUACAAACGCCUACAAAAACCAUGGAUUACGAGUAAUAUCAUUAUUAGGACUUGGUGAUUUGUUUGAUGGGUUAACGUAUUGUGAUUAUUCCAAAAAUCCAAUCAUCUGCAAGCCUAUGAAAGCUUAUUUCGAUAAUUUCCUUUCUCUUACAAAUAUACAUGAACCAUCUACCCUGUCCUUUGUUGAUGAUAGUGAAAUUAAUUGCAAGGCAGCACACGAUUUGGGAUUUGGCCGUGUUUACCAUUACGUCGAACUCGAAUCAGAGUACCAGAAGCUUAUAUUGUCUUCAGACUUUGCUUCGUACUAUGGAGCAGGAGAUGGCACCGAUCCAACUAAAAUUAUUAUCAUCAGAGAUAUCCUAGAAUUAAGGUCUGCUAUAGAGAGGGUAGAAAAAGCUUAG